CGAGGAGGGUGGGGUGUGGUUUGUUCGCCAUUUUGUGUUGUUGGUAGUGGCACUUCUCGUAGAUACUCCAAGCCAUGGUUACGUUCACCCUGCUGUGUUGAAGAACAUAGCUAACAUUGAUUCAGUAGUGAGAUUGAAUUGGUGUGAAUAUGUGCACAGGACAUUGAUAGACAGUGCAAUCAGAUGGGAGGAUGGAAAGAGUAAAUACUUCACAGGACCAUUGAUGUUUCUGAUGGUUUUCUAUGUCGAUAGGGUGGUUCUUUACAAUAGGGAUGUGGAGAGGACAACACCUGCUUUUGUUGGCUGGACCUCAAAGAUACUUAGGGAUAGAGAGAAUAAAGAAGUGAAGGCUGGUGGAUUUGGUUUGGGUUUUGACGAUGGAAGGUAUGUGUGUGAGAAAUCUGUAGCUGAGGAAAACAACGUGGAUGACAAUGCAAAGGGGGCAGAAGGCGUUAAGGUUCGAGGAGAAAAAGAUUCUAUUAUGAGAGAAGGCAUUCAGCAGACUGAGAUGCGAGAUGAUGAUGGUGAUGUGUUGAAGGUCGAAAGUUAGAUGUUACAGUGAAAAUGCACUGAACAUGCCCUUUAUUUUUAUUGAUAAUGCGCAUACUUUCUUAUAUUAUGAUUCAUUAUGCAUCAGGUUUUUCUUAAAAAGUUUGCAGAAAAGGGUAAGAUGCUGGCAAGGACAGUCGUGGAGUUAGUGUCGUUAAUGGAGGGUGCACCAGCUGAGGCGAUGAAGAACGAUGUUUAUGUGGAAUUGCAGAUUGCUGCUGGAAGGUUACUGGGAUUAGUGAAUAAUAAACCAAAAGAUGGUGUGCAGCCUGCGGAAUGUGCAUUUUCUGAAGUGUGUUAUGAUGAGUACAUCUGGAGCGAUCCUUCAAAUAUCUCUAAGUUGGUUGCAUUAGAGGAGGCAGAGUUGGCGAGGAGGAAGUUCAAGCAGAUGGUGGCUGAUAUACCCUCCUUUAGCCUUGGCAUCACACAGGAUGGUGCCUUGCAAGGAAGUGGUGAUCAGCAUGUGGUUGAUGUUGGUAAUUGCAGCAACAGUCCAUUUACCCCUGUGCUUGGAGUUAGUAAUGUGAAUCAGGAACUCACCAAUGCUUCGAAUGAACGGAGAGGGUGUGGUGAACCUGGAACUAACAUGCAUACGGAAGAUGGGGAAGCAUGUGGCCAAGGGUCUGCCAGUGCUGCCAUAAGAAGACAUGAUCCAUCAGUAGUCAACGAAAAUGAAGAGGGCAUGAUGGAUAAUGUUUUGGGAGAGGCACUGCCUUUCAAAAGUGGGGUGGAAAAGCAAAAUGAACAGCUGAAACCCGCUCGGGUAAUUAAACCAGCAGAAUCUCUACGGUCUCCGUACGUGACAAGAGCAGUGGAUUUGAAUGAUGGUUUGAGUACUGUGGAAAAGAGAGUGGGGAGAUGGAUCUUUAAAAACAGUAGUGCUCCAAGGGAGGAAGUUGUUUUUAAAAAGGGUAAGUUUUGGUUAAGUAGAGAAGAUAUUUGUAGUCUGGACAUAUCGAAACACAUUUCAAAGAAGGUGUUGGAUGCAUGGUGUGUGAUUUUAAAUCUUCGUGAGAAGUACCGGAGCAAUACCUCACCACUACGAUUGUUUGCAAAAACACUUGAUUGUGUCGUGAACGGUGGUCAUGAAGAUAAUUCGUUGGAAACAACGAGAUUGAUGUUUACUGAUGCAAUGAAAGCUGCUUGGGAUGAUGCAGAGGAUAGAUUUAAUUGGGGGAAACCAGAAUUGUUCUUUUUUCCGAUAAUGCAAACAAACUGGAGUUAUGUGUUGUGUGUGGAUCUGAAAGGCAGAAGGUGUGACAUUCUGGACAGUUCAUCUGCGAAAGCCAAGAAAGAAGAGCGAUAUGGAGAAAUGCCAUCACUAGUGCUGAAUAUGUUGGCCGAUUUCUUGGAGCAUCAUGGAUUUAGGAGCAAGGCAGCCUGUAUACGUGAACUUCAACCUAAAAGAAUUGGGCUACCUUGGAGGGAUGCAAAGCAAGUGUAUGACUACGGGGUGGCAACAAUGCGUCACAUGGAGACAUACAUGGGAGAGGGAGCGAAGGGAUGGGAUUGUGGUCUGUCGAAGCUAAAUUACAAGCCAGUUUUUGUCCUACGUAUGAAGUACUGUGCAGCAAUUUUACUCCACGAGGUGAACGAGUUGAUGGAGAUGGUAGAAAACGAGUCUUCUAAAAACGAUAAGAUGCUUAAGGGGAAGAAUGUUGAGUGAAAAGCAAUUCUGAUCCUCUGACUUCGUGUUGUUGACGGGGAGUUUUUUUUUAUGUUUUGAGAACUAAGGGUUUUUGUGUUUUU